CAUUCUUGCAAAAAUGCAUUAGUGCACCUACACGACUAUUAAUUGAAGGUUGAUAAUUCUUCAGAAUGUUUGAAUAACUAGAAUUUUCAGUGGUUUACUUAAAAUUGCAAAAUUUCAACAUGCACAGUAAAUAUAUACUAAAUUGACGAACGUCAAAGUUCUUUGUGUAGGGACACUUUGUCAAGUUACUGUAGAAUACAACUCUUCAAAUUUAGAGGAAAUUCCGUAAGAAAAAAAUCGACGAGAAGAACGACCGAAAAUGGCAAAUAUAUACGUCUCAUAUCCAAACAAUAAGUCAUGUAGAAAGUGUAUAUAUAAGGCUGAUAUCCAACAAAAUGUAUAUGCGGUGAUACGUAAUUUAGAGGAAGACAUAAAGUUCUUGCAUGGUGACAGUUUCUAUGUUGAAUGUAAUGGAAGACGUGUAAGUGUUGAUGAUCUAACAGAAGAGGGGGCAGUAUACAGAGUAUGGCCAAGGCUGAUUGGAGGCAAAGGGGGGUUUGGGUCAAUGCUGCGGUCCCUUGGUGCCCAAAUUGAAAAGACAACAAAUAGAGAGGCAUGCAGAGAUCUUAGUGGACGAAGAAUGAGAGACAUCAACAAUGAGAAAAAAUUAAAGGAAUGGGUUAACAAACAAGCCAAAGCAGAAAAAGAAGAAGACGUCAAAAGGAAGAAAUUAGAGAAACAUUAUGCUGUUGCAAAACCAAAAUUUAAUGACCCAACUUUUAUGGAACAGAAGUCACAAGUAGCAGAAAAUCUGGAAGAUGCAGUCUCAGCUGGUCUUGCCAGGGCUGGCACCAGUGCUGCAGCAGGCUCAAGUGCAGAUGCGAGGAAAAGAAAGGCCAAUACAAAUGGUGGUCCUUCUGACAAGAGGGCUUGGCUGGGAUUUGACCCCGAUGACCUUAGUGACAGUGAGGAUGAUGACAUUGAAGCGUCACAUUCAAGCGAAGAAAGCAGUAAUAGUGCAAAGGAUGAGGAACAGAAUUCUCCUGAAACACCCAAUGACUCAAUGGAUCUAUCUGAACAAAAUGGGAAAGUUGACAAAGAAGCAUGUGAUGAAAACAUUAAGAAUUCAGUAAAUAGUACAAAGGAGGAUGAAAAUGAGUCAACAAGUGAGAAUAAAAACACUAAAGAACAAAUGCCUGAAAUCAGAAUAAAUCCUGAACAACCAAUGGAUGGAAUUAAAGAAAGUAUGAAUGUCCAAAAUACUGAGGAACCUGGUAUAGCUGCAGCCCAGAGUGAUAGUCCAGUUGCAGAAAAAUCCCCAACAACAGAUAUUAGUGAGAGUGAGGCUGUUGACCUUGACCUGUUCAAAAGUGCAGCAGAACUAGAAUCAGUUGGUCUGGACAAACUAAAGAUGGCACUGAUAGCCCUGGGCCUCAAGUGUGGGGGUAGUAUACAAGAAAGAGCACAAAGACUUUUCUCUGUCAAAGGACUAUCAAAGGAUCAGAUUGACCCUUCUCUAUUUGCUAAGUCUAAAGGCAAAGGAAAGAAAUCAAAGUGAUUUACAUUGAUCAUUGACAUUAUUUUGAAACUCCUGAUUAUGAUCUUUGUAAUUUUUAAUCAAAAUAGCCGAUGUUUUUUUAUUUUAUUAGAACAUGUGUUGAAUAUGAACAGCUAUUAGUUUUAAACAGCUAUUGAAUAUUCUCAAGCACCAGCUCUACGUACGUACGUACGUCCGGAUAAUAACUAAAAUACAGUUGGCACGAUUUUGUUCAUAUUUUGUACACAUGUGCCCUAUGAGGGUAGAAGUUCUGCUCGAAAGCCGAAGUGGCCACUCGUUAAAAUAUGGCAGAC